AUGGAGGUUGGAAAUGAAGCUGUAGAUCAAGAACUUGAGGUGGAGUCUAAAGCUGAUGAGAUGAGCGAAAAAGAGCUGGACUUAGAUAACUUAGAGAGACUUAAAGAGGAUUUCUCUCUAAGAAAAAUGUUGAGUAUUGGAGGAAAAAUUUUUCUUGUUAGGUGUUGUACCCAUAUACUUAAUUUGCUUGUUCAAGAUGGGCUUAAUCAAAUUGUUGAUGUGAUUGAUGUUGUUCGAGAGGGGAUUAAAUAUAUGAAAAAUUCAGAGUCUUGUCUCAAUGACUUUGCCAAAAUAAAAAAACAGCUUCAAUUGCCUUCUAAAAAACUCAUUUUGGACUGCCCAACUAGGUGGAACAACACUUAUUUGAUGUUGGCUUCAGCUCUAGAGUUUAGGGAUGUAUUUCCCAGGUAUAGGUACAUUGAUCCUGGGUUUCAUUAUGUCCCAAGUGAGUACGAGUGGAUGAAAGUUGAAGAAGUAUGUAAAUUUUUUGGUAUUUUUUAUGAGAUCACCAAUGUUAUUUCUGUAACCGAUUACCCAACAGCUAACCUUUUUCUUGUAGACUUGUAUAGGAUUAAAGAGCUAUUAAAUAAAAAAACUCUCAAUUUUUCUGAUCAUAUUAGGUUUAUGGCUGAGAGUAUGGCACAAAAAUGUGACAAGUGUUGGGAUGAAAGCAAUGUCUUGAUGUCUUUGGGUGCUAUUCUUGAUCCGAGGUACAAAAUGGUCUUUGUUAAUCAUACAUUCCCAGUUAUUUAUGGAAAGGAUGCAAUCCCUAGGUACAUUGAUGAGAUUAGAUGCAUUCUUUAUGACCUCUAUAAUGAAUAUGUGGAUGCUCACAUCUCAUCUCAUAGUGAGGAACCACAAAGGGAAGCUGGAAAACGAAAACAUGCAGAAAUUACAAGUAAACCUACCCAAGGGGUUGCUAAAAAGCUUGGAGUUAAUGUUGUAAUUGGAAAAGAAAAAUUUCAGAUGAUUGUUAGUGAAAUUGACAAGGCUCCCCCUGAAAAAUCAUAUUUAGAUGUUUAUUUGGAAGAGAGCAUGUAUGUUUGUGAUGCAAAUGCAAAUCUUGAUGUCUUGGGUUGGUGGAAAGGGGAAAGGUGGAGGUUUCCUAUAUUCCAGUUACAAUCGUGGCGUCCGAAUCUACUUUCAGUGUUGGUGGUAGAAUAA